UUCUUUCUGGUUCAAUUUUCCGUUUGAUCUCCCACAAUCAAUUUUCUCUCUCCUCUCUCAAAAUCACCCACACUGUUCUUCCCUGUUUGUGAGAGAGAAAGGGGAGUUGUUUUUCUCCCCUUUCAUCUUGAAUUUAAUACUAAGAUUUAACUCUCCAAAUAAUGUUUUAAUAUAAGUGGGUUUUUUUGCUUGCUUUUACAUGAGGGAGAAUAUUGCUUUUUUCAUUCAUUGAUCAUUUAAGGCAAUCCAAACAUAUCCUUGUGAGUAAAACUUCUAUCUUUGUCUUCCUUAUUGUCUUUUCUUUAGUUCUUCCUUUUUUUCUUCAAUUAUAAGGUUUUAUUGAGGAAUAUUAAGGGGAAAUUCUAACAUAAAUCCACCUAUUGGACGUGACGUUUCUUGUUCACGCGAAGGAAGUUUGUAGGAGUUGGAAGACUUUUGAGGGAAAAGAAUGGCUUCCGUAAAUGAUAUAUUGGUUUCUGCUGGUUUCAAUCUUUUGAGUGCGUUUAUCUUCUUAAUAGCAUUUGCUCUUCUGAGGAUUCAGCCUUUCAAUGAUAGAGUUUACUUUCCAAAAUGGUACCUCAAGGGCUUAAGAAGCAGCCCGCUCAACACAGGAGCUCUCGUGAGCAAAUUUGUCAAUUUGGACUUCAAGUCAUAUUUGAGAUUCUUAAAUUGGAUGCCUGAUGCUUUAAAAAUGCCUGAAUCGGAGCUCAUUGAGCAUGCUGGGUUGGAUUCAGCAGUUUACUUGCGGAUUUAUUUGAUAGGGCUAAAGAUUUUUGUGCCUGUGACAGUGCUUUCUCUAGUGGUUCUGGUUCCAGUUAACUACACAAAUGAUGCGUUAAAUUUGUCGAAAGCUACCUUCACCAACAUUGAUAAGCUAUCGAUUUCAAAUAUACCACUUGAAUCACAAAGGUUUUGGGCUCAUUUAGUAAUGGAAUAUGCAUUCACUUUUUGGGUAUGCUAUAUUCUUUAUAAAGAGUACGCGAAGGUUGCAGCAAUGCGGUUGCAAUUUAUGGCAGCAGAAAAACGUCGCCCUGAUCAAUUUUCUGUUCUGGUACGAAAUGUUCCCCCAGAUGCAGAUGAAUCCAUUAGUGAGCUUGUGGAGCACUUUUUCUUGGUCAAUCAUCCCGAUCAUUAUCUCACUCAUCAGGUGGUUUACAAUGCAAAUAAGCUAGCAGAUCUCGUUGAAGAAAAGAAAAAAAAGCAAAAUUGGCUUGAUUACUAUGAACUAAAAUUUUCUAGACAACCAGAUCAAAGGCCCACGACAAAGACUGGAUUUCUUGGCUUACGUGGGCAGAAAGUUGAUGCCAUCGAUUAUUACGCUGCUGAAAUUGAGAGGCUAACAAAAGAAAUAGCUGAGGAGAGGGAGAGGGUUGAACAAGAUCCAAAGUCUAUCAUGCCUGCUUCUUUUGUCUCCUUUAAGACCCGUUGGGGUGCUGCUGUUUGUGCACAGACUCAGCAAACCAGAAAUCCAACUAUUUGGUUGACUGAAUGGGCUCCGGAGCCACGUGAUAUAUAUUGGCCAAACUUGGCCAUUCCUUAUGUUCAUCUCAGCAUCCGGAGGUUGAUAAUGUCUGUUGCAUUCUUCUUCCUUACCUUUUUCUUCAUUAUCCCAAUUGCCUUUGUACAAUCACUGGCAAGCAUUGAGGGUAUUCAGAGAUAUGCUCCAUUUUUAAGACCUCUUGUGGACAUGCGUUUUAUCAAACCAUUCCUCCAAGGUUUCCUACCCGGACUUGCUUUGAAGCUUUUCCUGAUUUUCCUGCCUGCAAUAUUGAUGAUGAUGUCCAAAUUCGAAGGUUUUGAAUCAUUAUCAUCUUUAGAAAGGCGAUCAGCUUCAAGAUAUUACAUGUUCAAUUUUGUCAAUGUUUUCUUGGGAAGUGUCAUAACUGGAACUGCAAUUGAACAACUCAAAACAUUUAUCAAUCAGCCACCGUCAAAGAUCUUUGAGAUCAUUGGAAUUUCGAUUCCAUUAAAAGCAACUUUCUUUAUAACUUACAUUAUGGUUGAUGGAUGGGCCGGUGUUGCUGGUGAGAUCCUGAGAGUGAAACCUCUGAUUAUAUACCAUUUGAAGAAUUGGUUCUUGGUUAAGACCGAGAAGGAUAGGGAGGCAGCAAUGGACGCUGGAAGCAUUGGUUUCAACACCGGGGAGCCUCAGAUACAAUUGUAUAUAUUGCUAGGCCUUGUUUAUGCUGUGGUGACUCCGAUUUUAUUGCCGUUCAUUUUGGUCUUCUUCGGCUUCUCUUAUCUUGUGUAUCGACAUCAGAUCAUAAAUGUUUACAAUCAGGAGUAUGAAAGUGCUGCAGCUUUCUGGCCUGCUGUCCAUGGGCGAAUUGUUGCUGCAAUGGUAUUUUCACAGUUGCUUCUGAUGGGAUUGUUGAGCACAAAAAAGGCUGCUUCAUCUACACCAUUUCUCAUAGCCCUUCCAAUUCUUACCAUAUGGUUCCAUAGAUUCUGCAAGGGUCGAUUUGAGCCAGCAUUCAAGACCUAUCCUCUACAGGAGGCAAUGAUGAAAGAUACACUUGAACGUGCAAGAGAUCCAAACUUCAAUCUGAAAGGAUACCUACAAAAUGCCUAUAUUCAUCCCGUGUUUAAAGAUGAAGAUGAAGAUGAUGAUGUAUUCCUGAAUAAGUUGGAGAUGGAAACCGAGCUUGUUCCUACUAGACGCCAGUCAAGAAGAAACACUCCCGUUCCAAGCAAAAUGAGCAACGCGUCAUCUUCACCUUCUCCAACUAAACAUUUCAACCUAUGAAAACGUGUACAUUCAAGAUGUCGUGCAGGGGUAAUGAGUUCAACCCAAAAGUAGCAGUAUUAUAGGGAAAUGAAUGUGUUCUAUGGAGUGAAGUAGCAGGUUAUUGCUGUACUUUGUAGGAAGAACUUUUGGUAUGGUAUAGAUCUUAUAGUUCUCUAUUACUGUUUAUCCUUCUCUGGUUUCUUCUGUAAAGCAUCAACUUUGCAUGUAAAUUAUUUCGGAUCUUCUGAUCUAUAAAUGUCCUUCGAGCUGGAAAUUUUCUGCUGA